UCACAAACGAAGCCUAAAUCCCUCCCAAGUUUAAUUAAUUAAUUAAUUAAAACAGCUGAACUCUCUCUGUCUCCAGUCACCUAAGACGUGGGAGAGGAGACGGGGAAAUUGUCACUCGAUUUCUCUUCUCCAGAUCCCUCUUUCUAUCACAAAGGUUAUCGCAGUUGAUGGCUAGGGUUUUUAGUUUAUCCAUGCAUCCUACUCGUUUUUCCAGAGAUCUCCGUGCCUUGCAAGUCCCUCAAUUGUUCCUUAAGAAUUUACCAGAAAAUUUAUUCAGGCUCUCUUAUGGAGCAGGAAGAUCCUAUAUAUCUGUCACCAUAAUGGCAACCACACUACAGCCUCAGUGCUCCAAGUCUGCAAGCCACUUCUUUAGCACUAAACCUUCUAAUGAGGUGCUGGAGAUCUGGCGAAAUGCUGAUGCGGUUUGCUUUGAUGUUGAUAGUACUGUUUGCUUGCACGAGGGAAUCGAUGAACUUGCUGAUUUUUGUGGUGCCGGGAAAGCUGUUUCGGAGUGGACUAACAAGGCAAUGAGUGGAUCUGUUCCUUUUGAGGAGGCUCUUGCAGCCAGAUUAUCUUUAUUUAGCCCUUCUCUUUCGCAACUCCAGGAUUUUCUCGAGAAAAGGCCUCCACGGUUAUCGCCUGGCAUUGCUGAAUUGAUCAACAAGCUGAAAGCUUCAAACACUGAUGUUUAUUUGAUAUCCGGAGGUUUUCGUCAAAUGAUCAAACCUGUUGCGUUGCAGCUGGGAAUUCCUGGAGAAAACAUCUUUGCCAAUCAGUUAGUUUUUGGGAGUUCCGGUGAGUUCCUUGGGUUUGACAUAACAGAGUUUACUUCUAGGAGUGGUGGGAAGGCUGUGGCUGUCCAGCAUAUAAGAAAGGUCCAUGGAUACAAGUCUCUAAUAAUGAUUGGAGAUGGAGCAACUGAUCUUGAGAACUCAAAGCCAACAUCUUGAUCUGAAAUUUUAGAGAUUGAACUGAUGCAUUGGGUAUUCCGUCGUUAUCACCAACUUUAUCGUGGAACAACAGAGAUUUCCCUGGUUGUCUUCUUGAUUUCGUUGCCAAAGCAAUCAACAUGAUCCCACUAAAUUUCUUAGUUUUUGUACGGCUUAAAGGAAUUGUAAGGAAAUUAAAAUGAUGAAGGAAUUGAAUUAAAAUUUGUUUCGAGGAGUUUGUCCAUUUAUGUUGGAUUGAGUAGAAAGUGACUCUUUGUUUCUCAUAGGGGGCAUGUUCCAGAAUAUGACUUGAAAAGUUAUUCUUUUUA